UUCAGUUUUCAUUGUACCGCGUGAAUGGCGGGACACAUAGAAAGAUUACACAGAAAGCAACGAAACCAUUUAAAAAAAAAUUCAUCUCAUACAUAUAUAACAACGCUGAUGGCAAAUCAACAUAGUACGUUGUAUGACUGUGACGAUAUUAAAAGAAUUUGAAGAGCAAUACUUGUUGGAUCGAUGUAUUGUCGUUGAAAUUAAGUUGUUUUGAGUCGGAAUUUUUCUGUUAAAUUCUAUUUGUUUCUUUUUAAACCAAAUUUGUGUUUCACAAAAAAAAAUAAAAGAAAGAGAAAAAGAAAAAGUGAAGAAAUAAGCAUGGUGUUCGAAAUGCUAUGCAAUAGAAGCAGUUUUCUAUUUUUCGUUAUGUUGAGCUUGUGCAUGCAAUUGUGUUCGGUUAGUGGACAUCCAUAUGAUCCGGAUGAUAAAAAGAUUGAAAGCGUCAUCCCAAAAGAUGGUACAUUCGAAGCAUUUUAUCCACGUGAAACGGCUGGCAUACCAAACGGUGCGGUACGUGCACCACAUUCACAUGGCAGUUUCUUCAAGUAUCGACAUCCAGCUUUGAUUGAAACCAAAAAUAGUGCAGCCUAUGGUUUUCGAUUCGAUGGAAUGCGUCGCUUCAAUUUUGAUUAAUACAACUUUUUCUUUAUUACCCAAAUAGUUUCAAAAUUAUUUGAUUUUGAGACCGAAUUAUUUUUUCUUGAAAUAGAAAUAAAGAUUAUUAAAGAAAGAAAAGUGAUGAAAAGCU